AUGGAGUUGCCCUUGCUGAAGGUGUCUGCGCCAGAGCUGGUGUCUGGGGAGUCUGAGCAGAAGCUGAGAGAGCUGUUUGAGCAGGCUGUGACCAGCUCCCCCUGCAUCCUGUUCAUUGAUGAGAUUGAUGCAAUCACUCCAAGAGAGGUGGCAUCCAAGGACAUGGAGAGACGGAUUGUUGCUCAGCUGCUCACUUGCAUGGAUGACCUGAACUCUUUAGCUGUCACAGCCCAGGUGAUGGUUAUUGGUGCCACCAAUCGGCCAGACUCUCUGGACCCAGCGCUGCGCCGGGCUGGACGCUUUGACAAAGAAAUCUGUCUGGGGAUCCCUGACGAAGCAGCUCGUCUCAGAAUUCUGAAGACCCUUUGUCGGAAGCUGAAGCUCCCUGAGGACUUUGACUACCGGCAGCUGGCCCGUCUGACCCCUGGGUACGUGGGAGCUGACCUCAUGGCGCCAAGCCGCGAGGCCGCCAUGGGCGCCGUCAACAGGGUCCUGCUGGAGAUGCAGGACAAGAACCAGGGGCUGGUCCCCAAGGGGGAGCUGUGUCACCUGCUGUCUCUGCUGAAGAGCAGUGAAUCUCUGUUUGAGGAACAGAUGGCUGGCCUGUGCAUCCUCAUGUCAGACUUCCAGGGCUCACUGGCCAGCGUGCAGCCCUCUGCCAAGCGUGAACGCUUCGCCACGGUGCCAGACGUCACCUGGGAGGAUGUGGGGGCCCUGCAUGACAUCCGCGAAGAGCUCACCAUGGCCCUCCUGGCCCCUGUGCGUUCUCCUGAGCAGUUCAAAGCCCUGGGUCUCAGUGCUCCUGCAGGGGUGUUGCUAGCUGGACCUCCAGGCUGUGGAAAGACCCUGCUGGUCAAGGCUGUUGCCAAUGAGUCUGGAUUUAACUUCAUCUCUGUCAAGGGGCCAGAGUUGCUGAACACGUAUGUCGGAGAGAGCGAGCGGGCUGUGCGACAGGUGUUCCAGAGAGGACGGAACUCUGCCCCUUGUGUCAUCUUUUUUGAUGAGAUUGACUCACUGUGCCCCCGCCGCUCCGGGCAUGAGUCUGGAGCCAGUGUCUGUGUGGUCAACCAGCUGCUUACUGAGAUGGACAGACUGGAGGCCAGGCGGCAGGUCUUCAUCAUGGCGGCUACCAACAGACCAGAUAUUAUUGACCCUGCUGUGCUGAGACCAGGCCGUCUGGACAAGACCCUGUAUGUGGGCCUCCCACCUCCGUCAGACCGACACGCCAUCUUACUCACCAUCACCAGGGGGGGAAGCAAACCUCAUCUGGAGCAGGAUGUUCUGGAAGAGAUAGCCCAUGACGUGCGCAGUGACUGCUUCACUGGGGCAGACCUGUCUGCGUUGGUGAGGGAAGCCUCUGUCAAUGCUCUGAGAGCCUACCUCCUGACUCAACCCAACCCAUCUUACACAGGGUCAGCAAGCACUUUGAGAAACUUUGAGGACGCCUUCAAGAAAGUACGGCCGUCUGUGUCUAAAAAGGACCAGCAUAUGUAUGAGCAGCUAAAGGAAUCUCUUAUGAGGAUUUGACCAGAGUCCUUCAGAAUGGAGGAUAUCAGUGCCAAGGACCAACUGUUUGGACACCUCAACAUUUUGACUAUAUUAACUUUUUGGAGGAUUUCUGUUUUCUAAUCCAAACCAUGUUUUAUAACACAUUUUAUGAAAGAAAAUGUAAGCCUUAUGAAUUAUAAAAAAUAAAAUAAAAAUAUAUAUUUAAAUGGA